AUGGCCCAUGACGCGCCGUCCAAAAAACUGUACCAGAGGCUUCAAUCGCUCCGCGCCGCGCUUCUCGAGCAACUUUGCUGUAGUGGGUCUUGUUGCAGUGACGACUUCUGGUAUGCCGGACGGAUUAUUGGAAUCAUUGUGGGCAUCUGUCUCCUACUCUUCUGUUGCUGCCUACCGUGUGUCUGUAUUGCGGGAAUCUGGUUUGCCGGAUGGUUUGGACUCAGAAACCGGAAUCAGAAGAAGAAUGUGCAACAAGUCUCCUCUCCAAUCAUCGCCACCCAACCGUCCCAAUACCCGCAACCUAUCGCUUCUUCUUCUAAUUAUCCCGAUGUCCCUGGCAACGCUAAUUAUAUCCCAGUAACCCGUCAAGCUCCUCCUCCUCGUCAAGUAAUCCACGUCGACUCGUCACCAAGAGAUUCUGAAAUUUCGCGUGUCAUGGUACCUGGUGAUCAGGUCAUCUAUUCUGCCGAAGACCGAUAUUAUACGUCGUCGACGGCUCCGGCAACCGCCCAUCGACCCGACGCGUAUAAUGUCUCGAGGUACUAA